CAACAGUCGUAAUCAUAAUGCUUUAGUGUUUGUGUUAUGUUUCCGAUGAUAUAAGCUGGUAUAUAAGGUGGAUCUUCUAAAUCUUCGAAAUAGGCUAUAUAUUCACUGGUAAGUGCACUUACUGUAGUUAAGUCGUCAUUAACACUGUUAAAUAUCAUUAUUUUUGCGAUAAUAUGCUCGUCGAAUGAGCUUCGUGGUGAGCUAUCAACUGUCACAAGUGUUUAGAAGAUUGCACACUUAUCUAAGACAACUGAAUGUAUAUAUAGACUAUAGUACGCAACGAAAUGAUCGUAGUUUACAAAUAUACCAACAAAAGCGUGCAUGAGAGUAUCUCGAUGAUGUUUCAAGUAUUUCCUAUAUUAUUAGAUCUUCAAGUCGAAACGUUUAAUAAUCGCAAUCUGCAUGGCAUUUCAUGGUUGACAGGCGGGGACCUCUGACAUUGUAAUGACUGCGACAUAAUCUUGCAUGGUUAGGCAGAACGGUGAUACAUGUAUAUCGGUGUAUCAGUUCUAUGCUGACAUGAUGAAUACAUUUUAAUUUCACAUUUCCGGCUUCUCCACCGCGAUUCAAAUGUUGUUUGUUUUUACACUGGCAUCGGUCUGCCAACUUAUUGGUAAAUGCAAAAUUUGGUCUCUUGUUUUUAUCACUGAAAACUUAUACUAAUUCAAAUAUUAGCUGCACAUUAAACGCCGAGGUCUUGAGUUUUAUACAUAGGCUCAGCAUACAGAAGAAUUUAAUGAAUUUCAUACGGACUGUCUAUGAAAUAACAGACGGCAUCUAUAAAAAUUAUGGGUUCUAUUUUAUGCUCUGCAGUUGUUAGUACUUAAUUAAUUAAACAAAUCCAAUCAAGCCAUUCUUUGAAAGAGAAAUGAACGCGCUUUAAUAAAAGUUAGUAUAAUUCAUGUGUUGACAAAUUUGUUAGUUGAUAAGUAUACUAAUAAUGCAAUUAAUAUGGAGAAUAACAUAUAUAAUUAUGAGAAAUUAGAUACAGGUAUAUAGGUAUUAUCAGUCAAGGGCAAAUCUGCAACACUGCCCAUGCACGCAUUGGUUUCCUGCAUUGAUUUCGGCUUUAUUGACUGAUGAAGUAAAGAAACUUCAAGACGUUAAAGUCUUAAAGAUAAACUUGAACUAAUACAGAGUUUGAUCUGAUCUAAUCUGAUCUGAUUGACUGAUCAAGUAAGUGAUCAGGUUAUUGAUAUAUCCGAUAUGUUGCGAUUCACCGUAUAUAGGCUACAUCACGCUUCUUUGCUCUGUAGUCGGCGUGAAGUACAGCUUUAUUCACAAUCCUAGUACCUGAUUGUUCUAUUCUUCGCUUUAAAUUUCAUUGAAAAUAUCUGUGUCCAAUCUAUAUAUAAGCGCAUGUUUAGCGAAAUACAAACAUACAUAAUCAGGAUAUAGGUAUUUAUUAAGUAUCAAGGGCAAAUCUGUAACACUGCCCACACAUUGAUUUUGACGUGUCAGUCUUUCAUUAACGUAAUAGUUCAGAGCAAAUUCAUUUUCUAUAGAUAUGUAGGUUAAAAUAAGUAAGGAAAGUUAUUCGAACUUCUUCCUGUAGGCGUGGCAAAAAUGUAGGCCUACAUUUAUCUAUAAUUUAGUAGUGGUUGAAUGUAGUUGAUCCUUAGUCGUUGAAUGUUGUUAUAAAAACUGUAUACAGUUAGAAAAUGUUUCGCUAAACUGCAAAUUCCGCACAAUUGGUGAAAACUUUAUGCAAGCAUGGAUAGUUUGGGAUCUUAAAAUAUUUUUACCACUAAAAUUAUUUUGAAAAGUAAAUUUUCGAGUCCAGGAAGGUUGUUUUAAAAAACACUUGAAAAAUAGCUUGCGCACAUAGCUUGAAUUCAUAGCCAUAGGGCAGGGUUUAGUUUAAGAAAAAAUUGAUUUAGAACUGCACAUCAGUAUAGGGAUGUUACGAAGGCAAUGUGUGUUUGACUGGGGGUGGGGGGAGGUGUCUUAAGUUCUGGCAAAGAUUUGUUUUACCCAACCACUCACAAAAACUGUUUCAAAAGUAUAACUGGGAAUCAUGGAUAUUCAAUAUAUAGGCUAAUAACCUUAAAUUUGCAUUUGAGGCAACAAAGAAUAUUAGGUUCGAAUUCUCCCACUCUAAUCUCUUUUGGAGAGCUUCGCUCGCCCCAAUAUUUUUACACUUUUCAAUUACCCCAGCACGUAAGUGAUUUGUAAGGAAAAUAAGCGGGUCUGGAGUCCUCCCCAAGAAAAAAGUUUAUAUAUUUGAUGCUCAAUUAAUGACAGCAUUUCUGGAAUUAUCUGGAGUAUCCACAAUGGUAACGAGUAAAUGAGAUGAGACUGUUUUAAUUAAGGUUAUUUUUGUUAGUUUGGUGACUGCACAUUUGUGUUUUAGGAAUUGCACAAAUGGGUUUAGAACUGCACAUUUUGUGUAGAACUGCGCGUUAAAAUAAACCCUGCCAUAGGGUGCAAAUUUAGAAGGUGUUUUAUGAAUUAUCAAAGUAUCAGACAAUUUGAUGUAAAUUAACUCCAAAGCUCGACAUCUAACACUUGGACGUUUUUGCCAUAAUAGCCUUUCACGCAUAAUUUUUAAACUUUUUGUAAACCAAUCAAAGUUGUAUAAAAUCAAACAUGCAUAAAAUCACUCAUGCGUUUGAAAUAAAUUGCGCGUGAACGGCCAAAACUGGUUUCUAAAAACAACCAUCCUGCACUCGAAAAUUUACUUUUCAAAAUAAUCUAGUCGUUAAGAUACUAGCAGACUCCAUACUACCCAUGCUUGCAUAUAAAGUUUUCACAAAUUUUGCGGAAUUUACAGUUAAGUUUAGCGAACAUUUUCGAACUGCGCAGUUUUUUUAUACCCCCUUUAGUUAUAAUUGUCGCAAUACAUAUCUGAAAUAAAAUUGUGUAAAAUGUAUUGGUUGUCUGCACGAUUGAUUCAGGACAUUCUAUACAGUCUCAAGUUUAAGCGGUAUGGAAGACCAACAUUCGCGGGGUUUCCACAACAAUUAGGCCUGCAUGGGUCAAACGUCGAACUUUUCAUGCGCCGAACCUAAUACAAUUACUUUCGACAUUAGGUCGACGAUGAAGCGGCGUCGAGUCAAACGUCGAACUUAAUACGUCGUACAUAAUUCAUCCUAUUAUUUUACAUGAAGUAUCACUUUAUAAUUCGCCGGUGCGAACUGGCGGGAAAUUUUAAAAACAAAUAAACAAUUCGAAAUGUUGCCUUAUCUUGAUAUAAAAAAACUGUUGAAAAAAAUAUCAAAGCUAAGAGCGACUGCGUAAAAGACGUCGGAAACUCUUAGAUGCGGGAAUGGUAUUAGCCCCGAAGAUUGAUAAUUCGAGCAUGCUUAAUGGCCGCGGCUAUGGCUUUACAAUCCCUGAAUUCGAGUUUCGAAACCGCAGGUGCAGAACGCUGCAAAAAAAUACUGGUUGGUGGCUGUUAUAUGGAAUUCAUACUGUGAUGAACGCUUUAAAAAAACUUCGAGUAUCCAGAAAAACGUUUGAUUACAUUCUUUCCCGUAUACGACACAAACUAGAACGUAAAACAAUUUGUCCGGAAAAUGAACAUAGAUUGUAUUCAGGAAUACGGCAAUUUAUACAAAUAUAUUUUGUUCCUUUGUAGCAUGAACAACAUUCUUGAUCUUUCAUUUUCGCCGCCAUAUUUAUUUACAAGCGCAUUUGCGCAUGCCCAGCCUGAAUUUCAGGGCAAAAAUAAAUAGAGAUUACGUCAUGGUUGACGAGUGCGUACGAUUUUUAUUCACGAGUUGUGAAAGAUUAUUAUAUAAUACCUUAUUGAAUUCUGAUCGUUUAAUUGGCUGUUUAUGGUCACGUGAUAUUGAAUAGAAAAUUCCAUUUCCCAAGAGUGCAAUGGAAUACGUUCCAUUGCACUCUUGCGAGUGCAAUUGUACUAUACGUUUUAUUCCAUUGCACUCUCUGUGUUUUCGAUAAAUCGCAUCCGUCAAAAUGCUUCUCGUGCGGUGAUCGCAGUUUAUUUUAACCCGAUAUUCGAAAUUCAGUAAAUGGAAUUUAAUUUUCAAAUUCGACUCGUCAAAAUGGCGGGAGCUUGCAGUAAACCUUUCGUUUUGGUCACCGAAGAAGAUAUGUUCGAACUUAUAGACAAUUCUGAUGCUGCAAAUACAAAGAAACAAAUAAAAUACGCUGUUAGUCGCAUGAUUUCCUUUGCUUCGUGCGCUGGUGUAACGUGUUUGGACAACAUGACAGACUUGGAACUUGAUAAUUUUCUAGCACGAUUUUACGCCGGACUACGAAAGGACGAUGGCCAUUUGUACUCAACAAAAUCCAUGCACGGCCUUCGCUACGGUAUACGUAAACAUUUCCAAUCGCUCAAAGGUAUCGAUAUUACUAACAAUGAGCAAUUUGUGCAAAGCAACAGAGUGUUUAAAGCAAUGUUGGUAAAGCUCAAAAAGGAAGGCAAAGGCGUUGUGAAACAUAAAGAUCCCAUAAGCAAAGAAGACAUGACCAAAAUAUUAUCAUUUUUGGAUUUAAAUUCACCACAAGGUUUGCAGGACAAAGUCUUUAUUGAUAUUAUGAUGUAUUUUGCAAACAGAGGGAGAGAAAAUUUACGAAAUAUGAAAAUUACUGACUUUGUUAUCCAGAGAAACGAGCAAGGUCUGCAGUAUGUAAUUCAUCGUGAUGUACUCACAAAGACAAGGCGAGAAAAUAACAACGAGGGAUACAGUGGACACAUGUAUGAGAUUCCAGGUUCAUCGAACUGUCCUGUUGCUUCAUUCCUAGCCCUAAAGGACGUUUUAAACCCUGCACAAGAGUGCAUGUGGCAGAGACCUAAAUCUCAAGUGCCAUCAGAAGGACCGUGGUUCACAAAUGCACCUUUGGGAGUCAACACUCUUGGUAACAAGAUGAAAACUAUCUCUGAGAAAGCUGGAUGCUCUUUGAUAUAUACAAACCACAGUUUAAGGGCCACAACUGUUACUCUUCUCGAUGAAGCAGGAGUUGCAGGUCGUGAUAUCAUGGCUGUCACAGGACAUAAGUCUGAGUCAUCCCUCAAGCAUUAUGUUCGUACUAGCAAUGCCAAAAAGCAAGACAUGAGUACCAUCAUUUCAUCUCAAAUGCAAGAAAAUAUUCCAGUGGCUAGGGAGGAACCUGCUGAAAGUAUUCUUGACGAUCUAGUAUUAACAGACUCACAAGAACAGUUUCUAUUCAGUGAAUCUAAUUUAAACAUUCAAAGCUCCUUGUCAUCAACCACACAACACUUCCAUUUCCAUGGUCCUGUUGUCUUUAACAACAAGUAAAAAGUAUGACAUUUUACCAUUAUUUGACAUUUUAACAUUAUUAUUACACUGUAUUUAUCAUGUUUUGAAUGAUUUGAAACAUUCAUUUUCUGUUAUAUUUGUGUGUAUUUAUUUUAAUUAAUAUUAAAUGGUGUAUUAUUAAACUGUUCUUGAAAAAGGCAAUAUUAGUCUAUUUUGGUAUUAUAUAAAACAAAUAAUGAAUGUUUUUAUGAGUGCAAUGGUAAGAAUAUUUUCAUUCGGUGAAAGAUGGAAUGUUCCAUUCAACUCGGCUAUCGCCUCGUUGAAUGGAACAUUCCAUCUUUCACCUCAUGAAAAUAUUCUUACCAUUGCACUCAUAAACAUUCAUUAUUUGUAUACUAACGAACGAGUGAGCGCAGCGAACGAACGAGUGAGUUAGUAAUCUUUCACAACGAGUGAAUAAAAAUCGUACAAACGAGUCAACCAUGACGUAAUUUGUUUAUUAUAUAUAUAAUGAACCGUGAUAAAUCGACAAAAAGGACUUUAUAACGGUGGCCAAUUGAUAACAAAGUCAAUCGACUUGAAUGGUCCAAGGACAAAUCAAAUGUGUUUACAACAUUUAUUAGUUUAACAUAUGAAAAAGUGAAAACAAUCAUCCUAACAAAUUAACAAUCAACAUCGAGAUCAACAUAUACAGCUAUGAAGAUCUAAUAUAGCCAAAAGGAAGCCAUUUGACAACUCAACACAUAAAAAUACAUAAUUAGACAAGUUGUCGCCACCUAUACCGGUGGCUAUAAAAACUGUAUAAACUGUUUCAAAAAAUUGUAGUGCAAUCUGACUCAGAAUCGCUCAGAAGUUUUAAACGUUUGUAUGUUUUUGGUGGGCUAUCCACAUUUGUCAUAGAUAGUGUUGGAGACUGCUUGAGAGUAUUUAUUGAUAUAUUUAUACUCCCUCCACUUAUCGUUGCGUUCGAAAACAGCGCCGGCAUAGCAUGUUCUUGGACAUUGUGUUCGCUUGUCGUUUUCUGUCUGUUCGUCGACGAGUGAACUUCGAUCAACCCCUGAGUUUCCAGUGGUCAAGUUAGACAAAUGACUCAGCUUUCCAGUGGCAACUGAACUGAGAGUUCUCGACAUUUCCAUUUGCUGUGACUCGUUGACAGUGGAAUAAUGAGUAACACUCUGCAGGUUCUUGUGGCCCGACAGUUGAAUAAUGUCUGUUGGUGGAAAGUUUUGGUUUACCAAGGCCUGCAUCAUUGUUUUCCUUCCGCUGUGGUUGGUAAAUUUGGUAGUAAGUCCAGCUUUCGCAGCCAUGUUCUUCAUUAUCGAAUUUAGUUUAUUAACCCCGGCGGGGGCUUUUUUGAACCAAGCUUUACAUGAAACGGAUUCAGGUUUCUUUAAAUUGUUUACAGCAAGAUAAAAUGGGCUAUCGUCGCUGUUCAUUUCUGCCGGACGUUUUUCCGCAAAAAGUUUGUACGCAGCAAUAGGAUCUCUUUUAUUUCCUGGUACGGAAACAUUUUUGGAGUUACUUUUCGCACAUCUCUGGUGUUUUCCCCCGAGCGUGUUUUCGUUUGCCUUUCGUUGUAUUCCAAAUAUUCCUCGCCAGAGACCGUUUUAUGUAAUUUCACGUCGCCCCAAGUCAUAUCGCGAUGCUCUUUACAGCCACGUAAUCCAAAGUGUAUUGUAUUGUUGAACCAAAGAGUGUUCAGUAAAGCAUCGGGACUGGAUGUGCCCAGCAAGUUUUUUUCAUACAAAACAGCUAUGUCCACUGCAAAAAAUCAAUUUCUUGUUUUAAGAAAAUAUUACUUAUUUUAAGCACAAAAUUACUUGUUUUAAGAAAAUUUUACUUGUCCCGUGGGUAAGUAAAAUAUUCUAGGUAAGAAUCAGAUUUCAAGAAAAUUUUUCUUAAAAUAAGAAAAUUAAUCUUGGUUAGAACAAAAUUCUUGGUUAGAACAAAAUUCUUGGUAAGAAAAUUUUUCUAAUUUUGUCCCGUGGGUAAGUAAAAUUUUCUUAUCAAGAAUAUUUUUCUUAUUUCAAGAAAACGUUCUAGCAAAAUUUUCUUAUUUCUAGAAAAAAAUUCUUAGUUUCCCAAGAAUUAUUUUCUAGUAAUAAGAAAAUUUUGCUAGAACGUUUUCUUGAAAUAAGAAAAAUAAUCUUAAUAAGAAAAUUUUACUUACCCAUGGGACAAAAUUAGAAAAAUUAUCUUGAAUUGAAAUCCUGCUAAGAAAAUUAUUCUAGUUCGAUCCGGUGUGCAUGGCUUUUAAGAAUAUUUUUCUUAAAUGACAAUAUGAAAUUAGAAUAAUAAUCUUGGCAUGAUUUUUUGCUGUUGUCAUCCUACAAUAUAAAAACAAUUAAGAAUGUUUAAAAUAAUAUAUUUACCAGCUAUACAUGAAUAGGUUAUUAAAGUAAUUACUGAUAGAUAAAUGUAAAAGUUCUCACACGUAGCAAUAUUGUUCAAUUUCUUGAAAAGCCUUUACCAUGUCAGACUGCUGAGUCUGGAUGGGUAGUCUAAGUCGAGCAGGUACAGUAGAACAACGCCAGGAAGUAAAGAUGGCUUUUACAGUUUCGCUAUUCUCGAAUGUUGCCAAUAGCUCCAUGUCAUGAUCAGCCCUGAUACAGUAUGUCAUUGGGUCUCAUUUGCAGCCAGGUAGUCAAGUCUGUGUCUCCUUCCUUUUGAGGAAAAAAAAACACAAAAAUAGUUUUGGUAACAACUACACAACCCUCAUUAAUUAACAGCUUAUGUUUUCACUAACAAGCUCAGGGGUGGAAAAAAUAUUUUACUUUCUGGGACCGCAAAAAGUUCAUUGAAAAAUUUUCUGCAAAUGAUCAAGUAAAUCGACACUCGGCCAAUGUAACUGUGUGACACCUAAUAAGUUGUCAAACUGGAUGUCAUGCUACAUGUAUAUUUACAGAAAAAAAAUAUUUCAGUGCACUGAGAAUCUUAAAAUAUAACAUAAAGCUAAUAUAGAUAACAUGCAUCAAGGGUCUGAUCCUAAAGUAAAUACAGAUGCAAAAUUGGCACUGGGGGGCACUAUCAGGUGGAUCCAUGCUCUAGCUCCCAGAAAAUUUUGAAAUCAAGUGUCCCAGAUUGGCUAAAAAUGCAUUUGCCAUACAACAAUUGUUACAUCAUUCUAUAGUCUAAUACAUUUAUACACUAUCGCAAAACUAUCGCACAAUUAAGAUGGUUGCACUUAUAAUUGCAUUUCUGAGGUCAUGGUGUUAAUUUUCCUCUGAAUUUCUCCUUUUAUCUGAAUUAUUACAAUUUUUUCUUUCUUGGGGAAAUAUUUUCUGGGAACUCAAAAAAAUUUCUGGGACCAAUAGUCCCGUGGUCCGAUACUUUUUCCACCCCUGAGUGUGGCCCUGAACAAGCUAUCCCCUGGGGUUAUAGACAGAGCGAAACACUAUGAUGGAUGGAACAAGAGACACUGGCAGUUUUUGUUAGCCCAUAUUAACUUUAUCUCAACUAUAGGAAAGCUCAAAACUAAGAAGAUGUAUAUGUACAGUGUACACUAAAUUUGAUUCAGGCCUUACUAAAUGAAUUUUAUAAAAUGAAACUAUAACCUCACCUCAACAAAGUUUAUGAUGUCCAGUUUGCUCUUAGCAGGUUGACUUUUUGAUUUGAAGAGUGAAUUAAAUGUUCUUCAUUAGGUGAAGUACUUUCUGUAGAAUUACACACAUAAAAAAUAAUAUUAAUUAAGUUACCGGUACAUUUUUAAUAAAAGCAUUGUGAUAUUUUGAGAGCUAAAAAAUGCAAUUUUGAUUUUUCAUAUCAUUUAUUAGUUACCGGUACAGCAUAAACCAAAAUGCAAUUUUCAUUUAUUAUUUUCUAUUAACGACACCUAAUGUUGGUGCUAAAUUUUCAGGGGUGGAAAAAAUAUUUUACUUUCUGGGACCGCAAGAGAACAUUGAACAUUUUCUGUAAAUAGUCAAGUAAAUGGACAUUUGGACACUGUAAUUGUGUGACACUAACAAGUUGUGAAACUGGAUGUCAUGCUAUAUUUCACAGGAAAAAAUAUUUCACUGGAAAUAAUAUUUCACUCAGAAUCUUAAAAUAUAACAUAAAACUGACAUGCAUCAAGGGUCUGAUCCUAAGGGUAAAUACAUAUACCAAAAAAGCUAGGGCACUUUUAGGGGACACUAUCAGGGAGAUCAUGCAUGCUCCCCCCAAAAUGUUUGUCCCAGAUCAACUAAAAAUGCAUUUGCCAUGCAACAUUUUUUACAUCGUUCUAUAGUCUAAUACAUUUAUACACUAUCGCACUAUUAAGAUGGUUACACUUAUAAUUGCAUUUCUGAGGUUAUGGUGUGAAUUUUCCUCUGAAUUUCUCUUUUUAUUUGAAUUAUUACAAUUUUUCUUUCUUGGGAAAAUAUUUUCUGGGAACUCAAAAAAUUUUCUGGGACCAAUGGUCCCGUGGUCUGAUACUUUUUCCACCCCUGGUGCUAAUGAAUCCAAUGUUGGUACCGGUACUCUAAUUAAUAAAAAAAACAAAAUGAUAUCAUUUAAUUACCAGAUCACUGUUCAUGUGGUGGCUUCAUAACUCCUUUUGAAAUGCCAUGAUAGUAAAUAAGUGGGUCCAAUUGGUCAAUCAGCGGCUGCUUUUCACAAUUCCUCAUGUAUGCGCUUUCUUCUGCUUCUUCGGGUUGAUUGAGGCUCCUCCGAUCUUCUUCAACAACCUGCAGACAUAUUGAUGAGUGAUAAUGUAAAUUUUUUGAAAAUAACCGCAUACCUUAUUCCAGAGUUUUUAUAACCAUGAUACUGUAGCUCAUAUAUACCUCACUCAGUAGUCAGUGGUAUAACUUUACUUUUUUGACCAUUUGUCAUCAGGGCAAGUUCAACUUGCCAAGUUGGAUAUGAAAAUUAGUUGCCGUGAAUAAAAUUCACUUGCCAUGAGACAAUGGCCACUGGGGUACCCAGGUAGGGACUAUAAAUUAAGGGGACAACAUGUCGACACAUUCUUCCACUGCUCUAGAUGGCUAUGUUAUACUGCUUCAGACCUGGCUGUGGCCCACAGAAAAACAAAAUUUGAAUCCAUGCACAAGUACAACAUGCACUGCAUAAAAAAUUUAUCUGGCAAUGAAAACAUAAACUUGAUGCCCAGGCUUUUUGUGACAAUGAUAUUCACAUGCCCCGGGCAAGUGUUAAAUUACAACUGUGUUACUUAUUGAAAGCACAAUGAUAUAACUUGGCAUCCUUAACCAAUUAACCACCAUCACUCUCCCACUCACAAAUAAAAUUGUCUGGCAUUAGACAGGAAUACAAUAAAGGGUGCGAUGCAACUUCAUUUAAAAUUUGACAUUUUGACUGUGGGACCAUGAUUUCUCGGACUCAAAUUGACCAUAAUGACUCAAAUUUUCCCAUGAAAGGAAAUAAGUAAUUUAUUUGUCUUGUAAUCAUAAAUCUAUUAUGUAGGAUAGAGUUUAUAACAUGAGAAAGAAUUUUUGCAGCAAAAUCCAUUAGAUUGGUAUAAAAUGUAACGGCGAUGGUGUUGGUAUUUGUGAUUUAAUAUGCUAUUGCCUCAUAUUCCAGAAAACAUUCAUAUGGUUAUGAUUUAACCUCAGUUGUAUGUGAGAUAAGUGCUACUUGAUGAAAAGUUCGACGUUUGACCCGGGCCUGAGUCAUACAUGUAUCAAAAUCUAAUCAGUAUACAGGGUGUCUAAAAAACGCUAUAUGGAAAUUCAACUUUUACAUAGGACGAAAGAGCUGUUAUUUAGCUUUUCAAUGAUACCUUUUUUAUAUGUAUAUCUUUUUCGAAGUGGGAUAUACAAGGGCAAAUUGACCUUCUUUAAAUUCGUACUUGCUCUAUUUUUCACUCCAUAAAAACUACUUUUAUCCAUGGAGAAACUAUUUAACUUUAAAAAUAAGCUGGAAUUAUGGAGGUGAUAUAGGCUAGUUUCUUUGCAAACAAUGAUUCAGUACUCGGUAGUGUACUUGUUGUAUAUGAAGAAAAGUCUAAAAUGAUUUCAACAUCCAUCAACAAAAAGGAAUCGCGCUUAUUACUACUCAUUAGAAGAUAGACAAUUAAUUUAAUUCACUAGGAACCCGUUCUACAAUAUAAACUAGAAAUCGGCCAACAAAUUGUCACGAAAUACUACAAUUAAAAUAGGGUCUCUGAACUACCGAUUUCACCGAACGGUCAAGUUUCUCUGCAAAAAUCGACCCUUUGCCCAAUUUUCAUCGAGUAGAUCAUCAUGUAAUCAAGUCAAGGAUUAUGUAUACUUUAACAUAAAAGAAUAAAAAAACUGGUGAUAAAGGGUAGAUUUUGAAUAAAAUACGAAUAUCUGUACACAAGAUCUGAGCGUUAUUAUGAAACACUCGAUACUUUUUCCAACAACAUAUUGCGCUUAAUUUUUUACAAAAUUAAGAAUAUUCACACAAGAUAUGAAAGAUAUGAAAAUGUAGUUUGCAUUACAAAGAAAUGUUGGCUUAAGUCUUGCGCACACGAUGCGAUUUUAGUCGGCCGAUAAAAAUCGUUUGACUAAAACUAUCAAAAUCGUUGUACGUGCGGUGUCAUUUUUAACCGAUUUUUGUUGCUCGAUUUUAAUCGGACAACAUCAAAACGUUUUGAGAUUAUUAUUUGGCCAACAAUGUUAGCUGCAAGUAAUCGAAUAUCUGUGCAGAAUAAAUUAUUGGCUGUCCACAAGAAAUUAGGGCCCAAAUAGUGCCCUUUUUUUAAAAAUGGCUGCCGCCACGUACCGUUUGACGUUGCUUCCAGCGUCCCUGCGAAUGUAUGAGAACGUACGUUCCAAUAUGGAAGAAAAAGCUAACUUUCUUCAUUCGAACCUUCAUCUAUAUUCGAGAUAUAUCUAAAUGUAUACGUCAAUCUCUUUCCCGCACUCACGCAGCAUAGCAGCUACAAAAUAAGAAUUAAUGAAUUAACUUGAAUCAUUCUUUUAAUUUAGUAAUAAACUGAAGUUACAGAUUGGAUCUCGACUCGACUAUAUUAUUUGAUGAUUCUCAGAUGAGCUGCUUUUCAACUAGUCGCAGUCUGGGAAAAAAUGAAGGACCUGAUCAAGGUCGAAAACAUGUGGAUGCAGAUGAAGAUGAAGAUGAGUCCAAGACGUACAGGGAGAGAAUGCGAAGAAAGCAUGAAAUUGUUUUCCUGCCAUCUCUUAACGCAUUGAUUGCACUUGUGAGAAAUAGGGACAGACAUUGUGAGGUGGAUGAAAUAAAGAAAGAUGACCUAAAACUUUUGGAUCGUGUUAGAUAUUUUAGAUGUCUUAAAUCUUUAUAUUCAAACGUCAAUUUCAGUGUAGACACGAAGAAGGGAAAGGUACACCUCAAAGGACGAGGCAAGUCGUUUGAAAACGCAUUUGAUAAGUGCUCUAAACAACUGCAUGAAAUGAAUGUUGUCGAGAAGAGUUUGCCCUUGAAGUUGGACGAGAGGUGGAAAUGGGAUAUCGUAGCAAAUGUGCAUUGUCAACAAUAUUUUGAAGAAACCAUGACGUCAAACGAUAUGAUGGCCGAGGUAUGUAUUGUAUUAUAAAGUUAGCUAAACGUUCGGAUUCAGCCAGUAUAAUGGCUCUCCUCAGUUUUCAAGUUCAUACAAAUCAAAAUUCCGAAGCAUGGAUUCUUGGUUGUUGGUUUUACCAUUGCACUCAUAAACAUUCUUAAUUUGUAUACUGUCCAUAAUUUUAUAAAUUAUAUAUAUAUAUAUAUAUAUAUAUAUAUAUAUAUAUAUAUAUAUAUAUAUAUAUAUAUAUAUAUAUAUAUAUAUAUAUAUAUAUAUAUAUGGUGAACAGUAAUGAUUUAAUAGACUAAUUUAUCAUAACUUAACUGGAAGAUAUUUUUAUUAUCAUGAGUCAAAAAUAUAAAAUCUUGAUGAUAAAUAUUACUAGAAAUACAUGCAUGCAGAAACCCUAGCUUUUGCCUUACUGACAAAAAUAUUAUAUUUGAAGUAUUUAAAGUAGUUGUCAUGGUAACACGAUAAUUUUAUUAAGAUUGUAAAAAUAUCAAAAAAUAUCACUUUUAAUCACAAAAUUAUCAAUUUCUCAAACAUAUAUUUUAGGUAUAUUAUUAUACGCUACUAUAUAUAUACGUAAUAUAACCUUCAAUUUAAUGCAAAGUUGAACCACAAACGCUUCGUAAAACGUUUUAAAAUGUUCUUAAAACUAAACUGCCUUUUAUCGAUACACUUUGAGUUUGAAAUAAAAUGAUUUCAAAUUCUGGAAUGAAAAUAACUUUCCUUUCCUCUUUAUUUAAAUAUUUUAAUAUAAUAAAAAAGGGUAAUUAAUAAAAAUACACUGAUUGAAAUUAUAUGCUAUCUUUUUUCAUUACACGAAACGACCAGUUAGUUUUAAAAGCAAUUACUAGAAAUACAUGCAAGCAACAACCCCUCGCCCACAUUUCCCAAACAUAGUUUGAACAUGAAGUAUUCUAAUUUCAUUAACAUGGUACGCAGGUUCGCGUUGCUCGUGUCAUGCAUGUUAGCCAUGGCAACACGAUAACUGUUUUCUUAAUUUUUUGUUCAAAACGGCAAAAAUAAAUGAAUGUUAAACACUUUUAACCACAUAGCUAUCGAUUUCUAAAAUAUAUAAAGGUGGUAUGUUAUUUUGCUUUCUAUAUAGGCCUUAUUAUAACGUAAAAUUCAACACGAAACGCUUCGUAAAACGUUUUUAAUGUUUAUUGAAAUUAACUGCUUUUGCCGAUAAACUCAAUCAACUUUAUUGAUACUCGUACUUUGAAAUGAAAUAAAUUUAAGUCAUACAGGUCGCUCUUUAAAAUAAUUUUCUCUUUUUUGGGCUUUUAUAAAAUAAAUUAAAACAAGCCAAUUCAAAGAAACUUUCACAUAGAAUGAAUAAGAAAGCUGUACAUGUCCAAGGCCUUCAGUUCAGGCGUUGAAAAAGGUGAUUAAAUUUUACUUUUUGUAUGAAAGUCCAAGCUUUCUGUCAUGCAUGUUUUUUUCAAUCUUUGCUUCAAAAGUUCCUUCACUCCUGGCAAUCAGCUAUACUUCUAAGAUCAGUGAGAUAACCACCCAUGCAUAGCCAUGCGCCCACGAUCAUUGAUGAACUUUACACACGUAAAAACGCACAAGUUGUAACAAACAUGUAGCAGACUUGUAGCAAUGCUGUUCCAACAACUUGUCAACAAGAUGUGUUCGCACUGCUUGUUCCCAGCUUGUUGACAAGUUGUCAACGGCUUGUUGGCAACUUGCAUGCUACAAGGUUGUUGAGCUCAACAGACUUGCUACAAGUUGUUCCAACAACUUGUUGUCGUCCUGCAAUUCAACAACUUGUCAACAAGUUGCGAGUGACAACCUUGUAGCAACUUGACAAAAUAACAACAUUGUUACAACUAGUUGACAAGCUUGCAACAAAGCCUGUUGCGAACACAUCUUGUUGACAAGUUGUGAGAUUUUUACUUGUGUAGACUUCGCUAGAACAAAGGUGACUUCCGUCUACGCAUGCGCCAUUCUCGUACCCAGAGCCCAUCUUGCGCGCGGUGCGACGAGGGACUCUGGCCAAAUCCAUAACCGGAUACCACAAAAACAUGGUAAGAAAACAAUGUCCGGUGUUAGAACUAGCCAAUCAGAUGCCAGUUCGGAAUAUGGAUUUGGCCAGAGCCCCUCGUCGCACCGCGCGUAAGAAGGGCUCUGGGUACGAAAAUGCGCAUGCGCGAGAAACGUAAGCGUGAGUGCACGCGAGCGCGGGUUGAUCGUGUGACUGAAUUCUAAAAACAAACACCAAAUUUACCAAAACUACUCGUGUUAUGAAGUCGUUUUCUUGUUUUUUUGGUGUUUCUAUGCUCACAAUUUUAGGCAUUUUCGACUUAGAAGUGUUUGCUUUGGAAUAAGAACGUGAAAAUAGAAAUAAAAACUUUGUUGCAGCAGUUUAAUUUCGCCGUACAAAUAUACCUGUUUUAUAUGCAAUAUCGUAGUGAUUUCAACAUCCAUCAACAAAAAGGAAUCGCGCUUAUUACUACUCGUUAGAAGAUAGACAAUUACUGUUUAAUUCAUUAGGAAGCCGUUCUACAAUAUAAACUAGAAAUCGGCCAACACAUUGUCACGAAAUACUACAAUUAAAAUAGGGUCUCAAAACUACCGAUUUCACCGAACGGUCAGGUUUCUCUGCAAAGAUCACCCCUUUGCCCAAUUUUCAUAGAGUAGAUCUUAGUGUUAUCAAGUCAAGAAUUAUGUAUACUUUAACAUAAAAGAAUAAAAAAAGUGGUGAUAAAGGGUAGAUUUUGAAUAAAAUACGAAUAUCUGUAUACAAGAUCUGAGCGUUAUUAUGAAGCACUCGAUACUUUUUCCAACAACAUACUGGGCUUAACUUUUUACAAAAUUAAAAAUAUUCACACAUUAGAAGAUAUGAAAAUGUAGCUUGCAUUACAAAGAAAUGUUGGCUUACCUAAGUUAUACCUUACACGUCGAUUAAAGUCAAGUAAAGCCCUUUCAAAGACGCGUGCCACAUUAAACUACAGGUCACAUGGCGGUAGAGAACUCGACGAAGUAUUCAUGAUAUGUCAUAGCCAGUUUAACGCCGCUGUGUACUAUUCCUGUGUAUUAUGAUGCCCAACAUACCGGGUAACAAAAUUUACCACUUUGUUCGGCUGUUCCAAGUACACUUUUAAGAUACAAGGUCCGAUUAUAUCAUGUUCUUCGAAGCAUCUGCUCAAAACAGGCCAACAUAAAUAUCGCCACUCAUCCUCUUCGUGUGAAAAUAUAAGUUUUCCCUUCAAUUUCUUUGCUUUAAAAACAGUCAUUAGGUUGUUGAAGAGUUAGUCUAUAACUUCCAACAAAAAAUGCUUUCAAAAACCAGUGAAUCACAAUGCUGUAAACUUCAGAAUCCUUAGAAAUUGUAAGCAAAACAUCGAAAAGCAAAAUUCGCGGGAAAAAGCUCACGAGCCCGCACUAUUUUCAUGCAGCGUCGACGAAAGUCCCCUCUGUUUUUCGCUAGCUCUUCGCUAGUGCCUCCCUUUCCCCGGGUGAAAAUAGCCGAGCGGAAUUUGUACCCUCGCCACGGACUUCGCCCUCGGGGAUAAAGCAAACAUGACACUACUGUUAAGUUGUGCUCUUAUGUAUGACGUAGUCUAUGUUAUUAGUUGAUAUAUUAAGUUACAUAUAGAUAGAGAGCAAAAGACUCAUUACCAUAUUUGGUGAUUAUCUAACCAAUCACAGUAAUGCGUUACUUAUGUAAAUAGUGUAUAUUCAUUGUAGAAGUGUUAGUUGUAUUCUGUUCGUCAAGUAAAAUAAAGCUAUAAGAAACUUAUGUGAAACAAAUUGAAUAUAAUAAAGAAUGGCAACCGCGACAAACCCAACAAAUACAACAAUAUUUAAAACAACCGUCUUUUAGCAAGUUUUUUCCUCAAAAAAGCUUUUGAAAUUUACAAAAUCUUGCAAAAAUGAAAUAUAUUUGAAAGAAAUGUUUCUUAUUAAUUUCGCUGUCCUCAUGCAGUCGUUACAAUGCAAAUUUUAAAUUUUGAUCAAUCAGUGUUCGCUACUCAUGACAGUCCACUAUGUUUUGAGAUCAGUGAGGAUGACCACCCACCAAACGGCAAACGGUGAGCUAUAGCCAUGCGCUCGCGAUUAUUGAUGAACUUUAGACUUCGCUAAUGCUUUCCUUUCCCCAGGUGUAAAUAGCCAGGCGGAAUUAGUACCCUCGCCCCGGGCUUACGCCCAGAACGGCGCUCCGCGCAGUUGGCUCGGGGAUUAAUCAAGUUAUUACAUGAUUUAUAGAUAAUGGCUGGUAAUUCUGACGAUCUUAUUAUUGUGACUGCCUUAAACGAGAUCGAAUUGCAAAAAGCAAGAAAACUCUUGGAUGAAUCGCUUAUCCAAGACGUUGUGCCUAUACCAAAUGGUGCUGAUACUUCUUUUGAAAGUUCUCACUUUCGAAAUUUUAAAAAGGAACAAGAGAAGAAUAAACCUCUAAAGAUUUUCUUCCAACAACUUGAUGAUAAAGAAACGGCAAGCAUUCAAUUGGUUGGUGUUAAGGAUGUUGUCGUAGAAGCAAAGAAAGCGACUGAAAAUUGUAUUGAAUUUCAGCGUGAAAGAGACUAUGAGCUAACUUGGAAACAUUCGGAAGAUAAAUUCAAAUUUUUGCAAACGUAUUUUUCAGAAUUAGUUAAGCCUAUAGAAGAUCGUUGCCAAGUACGCGUAGAAUUAGAACAUGGACCACAAACAUGUAAGAUUCGUUGGAAAGGACUCCCAGAGACGUCUACUAAAUGCAAAACAUCUUUAGAAGAUUUAGGAAAAAGUAUUUUACAAAAAGACGAGUUAAUUGAAUUACCCGGAGUGAAACAGCUCUUUAAACGAAAAGAUGGUGAAAAACAAUUAAAAUUAAUCCAGGAAGCCAAAACGGUUUCUAUCCGCAGAAAUGGAUCCAGACAGACAAUUUUUUCAGACUCUGCUGCACAACUUGGUCCACUAGAACAGCGUUUCGAAGAAGGUCCGAGUCCCGUAAAAGCUGUCACGGUUCCAGAAAGGAGUUCAGGAAACGUUACUAUUUCUCUAAAACAUGGACGUAUUGAGGAUGAACGGGUAGGUUUAACUUUUAAUGAAAUACUUUAACUUUUAUUGAUGGUCUAUUUAACCUUGAUCAUUAUGUAUUAAUUCUCCUGAUAGUGGUAUUAAACCAGAGCCACGCUCCUCCCAUACAGUUGUAGCGUACAUUAUUAAACACUGCACAAAAAGAACGUUCACCCCUAAAUAUAUCAUCAUAAGUUCUAAAUAAUUUAUUACCUGAUAAUCAAAGCACUAAUUAGACCUAUGGUAGUUUGCCUGUGGUAGUUUGCCUAAGUGAAGAAUGGGGUCAUUCAUACUUUAAAGAAUGACUUACGCCGUAUUCUAAAAGCUCACUCACACUCAAUGAGUGGAAGUUCAAUCUGAUCUUCUCUCGAGUGUCAUUGCUGUUUUUGAAUAGCUGGAGAGUUAGUGUCGUACCUUUCUUAGCCAGGUCUUUCUCAGGCUUGCCCGAUUUUAGGGACCGCCUGCAUGCAGGCUAUACCUUACUAUGUGACUACUCACUCUCCAGCUAUUCAACAACAGCAUUGACACUCAAGAGAAACUCAUAUUGAACUUCCACUCAUUGAGUGUGAGUGUGCUUUUAGAAUACAGGCGAUAGCCUCCAUUGAAUACAAAAAUAGGUACCCAUGCAUUCAAUCUCAAAAUUAACAAGAAUGACUUUAUUUAUAUUUCACAACAACAGUAAUGUUUAUUAUUAGGGGAGUAGCGUAAAUUCGUUGGGUAAUGACUACCGUGGACUUCAUAGAUAUUAUCAAUCUCGAAACCAGAGCCCGCAAUCCUCUGUGGUGGCUUGCUGAGGCUCUGGGAAACACCGGUGAAAGUCGGGCUCUGAUUGGUUGCUUUUCAACAUCCUCGUCCUCAGGCCCAAGCGGCCCUCAAAGUUUUUCAAGUAUUUAGUUAUUCGGAUUUAGUUAUCCGUAUUUAGUUAUUCGGAUUUCAAACAUCGUUUAAAAUUAAUAUAAAGUUUAUUUCUCUUUGUGUAUUAUGAAUUAACACUCAGCAUAACAUUAAUAAACUUAUUAAGCUUUCCUAGCUUCUCAUAUGAAAUCAAAAGACUAUUCUAUUUCUGAUAUUGAUAUGCUAUAAAUAACAAAAUUAGAAUAACAACAGUGCAGCAUUACCAUAUUAGGUCAUGAUAAGACGUUGCCUAUAAUAUUUAAAAUAACACAACAAUCCAUGAUUUACCGUAAUUAAACAAGUUAAAAUAAAUCACUACCAGUAUCUUACAACAAUUCAAAACCAUGGCAAGUGUUCUUUGAAGAAUUAAAGCCGUAAUAAGCUUAAACAACGGCAUAAUUCAUGUUUGACGGCAGUACGGUAAUGUCUAUUUAUAAUUGUCGAGCGCAGUACUGGAUCCAAAUGUACUGAUUUUCGUGCAAAAGUCGCCGGUGUUUCCCAGAGCCUCAGCAAGCCUCCACAGAGGAUUGCGGGCUCUGGUUUCGAGAUUGAUAUAUUAAGAAUAUGAAUAUAAUUAUUAUGAUAUUUUUCUGUGUUGGUGUUAUGUACUCAGGUGAAUAUGAUGUUUGUGGUGUUACUCUGAGUGUAUAUCUGCACCGGGCAAGCUUGAAAAAAAUGCCUGCCCACGGUGGGAAUCGAACCUACGACCUUUGGAGUAAUAGCCCAAUGCUCUGCCAACUGAGCUACACGGUUAGGGCUAGUACUCCAAAGGUCGUAGGUUCGAUUCCCACCGGGGGAUGGCAUAUUUUUCAAGCUUGCCCGGUGUGGAUAUACACUCAGAGUAACACUACAAACAUCAUAUUCACCUGAGUAUAUAACACCAACACAGAAAAAAAUCAUGAUUACUAGAUUGCAUUGAUAUAUAUCGAAGGAAUUAGACUCAGUCCGAAAUAUCACUUACUCGAUCCGACCUGACCGCGUAGCUCAGUUGGCAGAGUAUUGGGCUAGUACUCCAAACGUCGUAGGUUCGAUUCCCACCGUGGGCAGGCAUAUUUUUCAAGCUUGCCCGGUGUGGAUAUACACUCAUAUGUAUAUUAUAAAUAUUCUCACAAACUUGCGGUUAACUGACUAGCAAGCCUGCCUUAAUGUAAUUCGAGAUCGCUCUGGUUGACCGAGGUAGAGCCAAAACAACAAGCUCAUAUUUAUCCCUAUGUUUUUGUUAAUUUAGGCUGCGGUCUUGGCUUACUCUGCUAUGCCAAAUCUCAAUGACAACACUGUUUGUGGUCAAGGUCUUAAACUAGCAGGAGGAACGACGUACAUCGAAGCCUGUAAGCGCCACACUAAUAUAUCUCCUGGAGACAUUGUUUGCACAGUUGGUGGUAAUCUUGCCUGUCAAUAUGUUCUUCAUGUUGUUGGCUGUGAUUGGAAAGAUAACAAGAAAAACAAUGAAAGGGUAUGUUUAAAUUAUUUUGGAGCUACUUAACAUGAAUAUAGGGGUACUCUUUGAUACUGCCCAUUGUUUUUUAAUGUCCAGUUCUACACAAAAUAUGCGGUUAUAAACUCAUUUGUGCAGUUCUUAAAAAACCAAGUUGACGAAAAUAGAAAAUAUAACCUUAAGAUGGCUCCCUACAGUUGUUUCACCAUGAGACUGGGAACGAAAUUACGUGAUCUUAUCGAGUUGAGUAGUACUAGUCAUUUAUUUUAAUAUUCUCAAUUUUUCAAAAACUCAUUAAUAAUUCAGGAGCAAAACACAAAGAAAAAUCACAAGCGUGUCGUGGUUUUAUAUGUGAUAAAAAAUCACGUUAAUUUACAUAAACUUUAGCUUUGAUUUUCUCGGUUUAGACAAAGUUUAUUUUAAAAAUUACUUCGCCAAUGAACUCGUAUAAGAUGAGUCGUUUUUGAAGCUAUUUAAAGCACUUGUAGUCGUGUUUUAUCACAUAUAAAACACUCCGCUACGCGUCGUGUUUUAUAUGUGAUAAAACACUCCUACGCGUGUUUUAAAUAGUACAUAAAACAGUUUUUGUGGAACAAAUUUCGCAUAAUAUCUCAAAAACUAAAUAUAAUAAAUAAUAAAAAAACAUUUCUGGCGGAAAAUCCCCAAACCCCCUAUCUAAUGGCGAUGGAAAGGAGGGUCAAUUUUUGGCAAUCUACACUGGCAGCCUAGCCAACAUUCACGAUCAUACUCCUAGUUAAUUUGUUCUUAGUGUUAUGUUGUUGUUUUUCUAAUAUAAAGAGAACAACGUAACAAAUCCUUUAUUAGUCCUUCGCGCGUUACAAGAAGAUACUUCCAGUCAAUUCCAGGAAGGCACACAAUUGAAAGGUAGCCAUCAUCUCGUUCCCAAAAAAUCUUGGUUGUUUUGAGAAUCGUAGUGUUUUCCAACCUUUGAAAUGUGUGAUUUCCUGGAAAUUUCUUCUUCUAACGCCCAAACGAGUGAAACGACUAUUAUAUUUGUACGUCGGGUCAAAAAGUCUAAGUCGGGCCAAAGAGUCUGAGUCGGACCAAAAACAUAUUUAUGCCCGCGAACAUCUUAAUUCUGUUGUUAUAUUAAUUGGGGAUUUUGUGAACUAUAUCAAUUAAAUAGCGUUAAUUUCUCUGUAUUUCGAUAGAUAGAUACGUAGAAUUACUAUAUCAAUACCUUUUUUCUAGGUUGUCAGACACCUGAUAAAUAAAUGUAUCAUGAAAUGCAUCGAUCUUCGCGUUGACUCACUGGCCAUUUCAUCUUUCGGGGCAAACCAACAUGGCUACACGGCGGAAGAGGUUUUUGAAAUAGUAAUAGAGGAGGUCGAACGAGUAUAUGUAAGCAACCCAGUCCAAUGUUCGCUUGAACAUGUUCAAGUAGUUUAUCUCAAACGAAAGCGUUUAGGUCGGUGGCAUAGCAUGACCUUUCUUGCGCAUAGCAGAUCGUCCUUUCGUGCGCGCAGCAGAUCAUCCUUUCGUAUGCGUAGCAGAUCAUCCUUUCGUGAACAGCCACACGCCACACUGUCGCAGGCAGCAGCAGUAACACCAACAAGAAGAGAAAUGUCUUGUACCAGCAAGUUUGGAUUGGUUAGCGUGGUUCUCAAGGAAGGAGAGGUAACAACAUAUGACGCUGAUGCUAUAAUUAAUAUUUUACCAAAUCAUCUUCAACGUUCCAGGUAUAACAAUGUGUGCGAAACCAUUAUUCAAGCAGGUGGUCAAAGCGUGCAAGAUGAAGUGAACCGACAUACCAGAAGCAAACAUCUCCAUUCCAUAUUUAAAACUCCUGCUGGUUCUAUUGAGAAUGUAAAGGAAAUUUUACAUGUAAUUCCUGGAUUACCUAAUGAACCAGGUCUGCGGUCGUCUUUAGAGCAAUGCUUCGACUUCGUUAAAGCCCUCUCUUUUGGCAAUGUCCUAUUUCCAGUCGCAGAAAUCAUGUCCUUAGACGUAUCUCUGAGCUGUUUAGUACAACUCAUUCUUGAUACUGCUAAGAAUUUUAGUAUUGAUGAUUUAGUCACUUUGGAGAUUGCUGUUCUUGUUGCACAAAGAGGUGAAUUUGAUGUUUUAAAGUCGCUUUUUGAAGAACAAAGUGUAGCAACACGAUCCACAAGUCUGAUCAGUGCUGAUCAUGUUCCCGACGCAAGUGAUCUCCAUGAUGUUCGCGGUGUAUCCAUUGUAGCGUCUCAUGUCAAUGAAGACGAAGUCUUUCUCAGCCAAGAAGUAGAAUCCGCCUCGGUUGGAUCACCCAAUGACGGCCCAGAUGGCAUUAGUAACCAUCGUGAAGAAUCCCAGAUCAACAUACCUGCAAAUGAGGGACACGAGGAUAAAAUCCUGCUGCGUUUUGUUGGGUUUCGUUCAGCUGUCAAUGAUUCCAUAUCAGAAGUAAUGGACUUCGUUGAUCGUAACAAAGCGAAACAGAGUAUUCAUGUUUUGAAAGGGUGUUUCAAGUUUCUUCGAAAGCAUAGGAAGGACUUAGAAAAUUUAGCCUCUAUAUACCAUGUUGUGAUAAAUUUGCGAUCCCAGGAAAUAACAGUUGAAGGAGUUAAGGAUAACGUGUUCGAAUGCCAUAAGAAAAUAACGGAUCUGUUGAAUAAGUAUGCAAAGAUUGAAGAGGAAAUAAAACGACAACUUGAAGAGUCUGAUAAGGAGAAAAAACUAGACGAUGACAAAGUUCGCAACGAUGUCGACAGCAGUGAUAAUCUCACGAAUAUUUCUAAAGAUCGUGUCUAUUCAGGUGAGAAAUUUUAGAUAGAACAGACGCUUAGCAGGAAUGCUUAGCAGCAUUCUAAUGUAUAUAUCAUUUAGCCACAAACGUACACGAAUCAACAAGUUGACCAAUAUGAGAAAACGUAUUUCCUUGACGUUGAAACUGGGUGCAAUAUUAGACAGUGACAUAUAUUCCUUAUUCAGAUUUUCCCACCUAGUCAACCAGCCUAAUAUUUUGCCAUUUAUCCUGUCAAAGAAUGCUAACAGUUAUAGAUCUUUCUGAGUGCAGUGAGUAUAACUCAUGUAGGUUAAUUCUGUCAAUACACAAUUGUAUACAUUGGAGCAUCAUAAAAUAUUGUAGUACCUUGUGUCAUGGUUGAAGAGAAUCACUAUUGAAAUAAGAUAUGAACAUACCAAUGAGUAGUAAUAAAAGCAUUCUCAUGAUCAAAUGACCAUACCUCAUUCAUCAUAUUAAGCAUUUCAAUUUGUUCCUUAUCCGUCAUAUUUUGUAGAAUCGUCCUCUUCUUGGUCAUGGGAAGAGAAGUCUAAAGCUCAUCGAGAAAGGUUUCAGAAGUUUCUUGAAUACGGGCAAGAACAUCCAGAAGAAAUCAAGGAAAUAAACGGAGUCCGCUUUUGUUGCUCAGGAGAAGAAUUUUGUAUUGGUCGUGGCAGCGAUGGCACUAGGGUCUAUAUCGGUCUAGGAAAGGACGGAUGCGAGAAGGCCGUAAAACGUUUACACAAAGACGAGUGUGGGUCCUUAGCUAAGCAGGAAAAACAGAUUUUAAAUGAAUCAAACACUGCAGCAUCGAAACACACCGUUAAAUACUGGUACUAUGAUGACGAAAGUGAUAAAGAGUUUGCGUAUUUAAUAUUGGAUUUGUGCGAGGAAACGUUGGAAGAGUACGUGGAACGAAACAGCCGGGAAGAGUUGUUGGCAAUCGCCCCCGAUAUCAUUUGUCAAAUUUUAAAGGGAGUAAGUGAUCUACACCAAAAGCCAACGACAAUUCUACACAGAGAUUUAAAACCGUCUAACAUAAUGCGAACCAUGCAGGAUAGAUGGUUGUUGGCAGAUUUUGGAAUUAGUCGAACAUUGCCGCCCGACAAGGACACGCUCGUAAGCAAGCCAAGGGGAAAUGAGCAUUGGAGGGCUGUAGAAUCCUAUUCGUCGGAAGAAUCAUUGCAUGAAAGUCGUGCCCGAUACAAAAAGGAGUCUGAUAUUCAAACAGUUGGAAUGGUUGCGUAUUUCAUUGUGAGCAAAGGUGAACAUGCGUUUGGAUCCGAGGGCUAUCGAGUUAUCAACCUACUGACUGGAAAUCCCGUUGGACUGAACAACAUCAAGGAUCCAGCUUUGAAAGAUCUGUUAGGUUGGAUGCUUAGUCACAGUCCUAAAGAACGACCGGCUGCUAAAGAAGCAAGGAAGCAUCCUUAUCUGCAACCUACUCACGAAAAAUUUGAAUUACUGUGCACUAUGGGUAAUCUACACGAGAUCAAGACGGGAGAUUCUACCUGCAACGUCACACGGCAAAUAAAUAGUGAUUCAAAAGAUUGGAGAUCGUUUAUGGAUGCCGCUGUAUAUCAGUAUCUAUGUAUUGAUCCAAAGAAACCAACACCAAAUAGGUACAGCUGUAAAUGGACAGAUUGUUUGCGAUUUAUCAGGAACGCCAAUCAACAUUGGAAUGAUCCCAAAUCAAUUCCCCGACCCAAGUCGAUUGAACUAGGAGAACCUCAAGAUUACUUCCUUAAAAUCUUCCCGACUUUUCCUGUUACUGUUCACAGGAUCUUAAGAUCAUGUGUUUGGAAAGAACGAGAAGAAUUUAAAAGGUUUUUCACUUAAGGUACGCUGGCUAGGCAUUUUUGUUUGUUAAUUGUAUAAAAUAAGUAAGUUAACUAGGUCGAUGGUGAUAAGGAGGAAUGACUGCGGCGAUGGAUCUGGAUGGCCCUGGAUAGGGUGACAAUUUUAAUAAAAACUUCUGAGAAGCGCUUCUCUUGAAACGUCUGUAAUUACUGAAUCCAAAUUUCAUAUUUUUCAGGUUACAGAGAACCUACAGUAUGCCGAGUGACUAAUGACAAUGCGUUUAUAUACACACUACGAACAGCCCGAAAGAAGACAAGAAAACUCACUAAACAAGACAAUCGUAAGGUCAAGUGUUUUAUGGAAAGUGAUCGAAGUACUUAAGGCCAAUACAGGAUGUAUAAAAAAAGAAGAUAAUUCAACUUUGUCAUGUUAUCGUGAGUUAUAUAUACGUUCAACUAUUUUCUUUUCCCAUACCAAUAAAGAUCAGGCUUUUAGCUCUCGGGUGAUACCUUUCUUGGAUCAUUGGCAUUGCGAUCAAUAAAUAGCCGAUCGAAAUCGCAUUUUUCCACCGUUGAGAAUUGCAUGUAAAGCUAUUGUAUUGAAAUUUCUCUCAUUUGGGAUUCAAAUUUAAGUCAUUAGCAAAAUAUAAAAAAACGAAAAGCUAACAAUUAGCAAAAUAUAGAAAAAUUCUGUAAUACCAUUUUUUUGGAAAAUACAAAAAUGUUGUACUCUUCGGUAAAAUAUUUUUGGCAUCAUAGAAUAUUUUUAUUUUUUGUAUAAUGAAAGUUUUUAGCGGUGCAAUACAGCAUGCAAAAUUUGAACAUAGGUCACCAGAGAAAAUAGAGAGAUAUGGCGCAUUGUUUUUCUAAAA